AUGGCUAGAUUAACUUUCUUCAUGGUGGCAAUGCUUCAUCUCCUCCUCCUCUUAUCUCCUCCGGGCACCACACAUGGUGGUGGCAACACUAUUUUCUGUGGUGGUGGUGGCGGCGGCGUUGCAGCUAUGAGACCAUUAGAAGAGAAAGGUGGAGAGUAUGUUACAUACAAGCCCAAAACAGGUGUGAUAAAUCAAGGCGAAGGUGUUUAUGGUUGCUUGCCUAAAGGAAUUCGACACAGUUCUGGUCCUAGCCGAUAUAUUAAUUAUCAAACUCUUGGCUUGCCUAGCGCAUGUUCCACAAAUGCACCUGAACCAUAACCUCAAUUGUAUUCGAUGAAUGGGGAGUUACACAUGUUGUGAUUGUUGUCAUACAUUACAAUAUACUACAUAUAUAAAUUAAACAUGUAUACAGAAACG